AUGCGUUUCACACUCAUCACCCUAACCUCCCUCCUCGCCCUCAGUACCGCAAUCGCCCUGCCUCAACCCCAACUCGGCGGCGGUCUCCUCGGCGGCAUCGGAGGAGGUGAAGGCGGCGGCGAGGGCGGAGGCGAGGGCGGAGGCGAGGGCGGCGGCGAAGGAGGCCAAGGUGGCCAGCAAGGAGAAGGAGGUUUAUAUUAUGGCCAGCAAGGAGGCCAACAAGGUGGUGGCCAGCAAGAAGGAGGCCAGCAGGGCGGCGAAGAAGAUUCAUAUGGUCAGCCAGGGGGCCAGCAAGGCGGCGAAGAAGAUUCAUAUGGUCAGCCAGGAGGCCAGCAAGGCGGACAGCAAGGAGGACAAGGCCAACACGGCGGUCAACACGGCGGUCAACACGGUCACGGUCACGGCCAAGGCGGCAUCUGCGGUUCCUCAUCUCCCCUCUGCUGCCAAACCGGUUUACUCGGUGUAUCCAACUGUGCUAGUGCCGGUGCCGUCGCCACUCCCGACGCCUUCAACGCCCAAUGCGCCCAAAACGGUCUCUCAGCCCAAUGCUGCAUUUUGCCGCUUGGCGGCCUGGGCAACCUCGGUGGUGAUGGGUUGAUUUGCACGGCGCUUUUGCUGCUUGGGCUCGGCGUCAUCUAG